AUGUGGUUCUAUUGCUUACUCACUAUUUCGGCUCUUCCUCUCGCACAGGGCCAGCACGCUCAAUGCCAAGACAGCCCAACGAAGGUCGACAUCAGUCCACGUCGGAUAUCGCAUCUCUGGAAAGCAUUUCAAGAUGAAUGCGGUGGCGGUCACAGUAACUACAACCUCAAGAAUCUGAACUACAGUGCUCAAUUGGAAUGUAUUCUCCUUGAUAAGUGGGCAAAGAAUGACCCGGAAGUCGAAUACAAAUGGGGCAGAGGAGUAUAUGAAAUAACGUAG